AUGCUUCUCGCCGACAAAACCCGCUGCCUGGGCGAAGCAAGCGACCUUGUCUUCAAGGACGACCUUGCCGGGAUCGAAGAGCCGCGCUUCUUCAUCCAGAAACACCCAAGCCGGGUCGUAGACAACUACGUCAUCAAAGAUGGCGAGAGUGAGCCGCGAAUUAACACGGCACUGGUGUUCCCUCCUAUCAUCCACGGCCGAGGACUCGGCCCUGUCAACCAGCGCAGCGUUCAGAUCCCUUCUCUAGCCAAGGCGACGCUGGACCGCAAACGAGGCGUGCAAGUUGGCAAAGGCCUCAACCGAUGGGGUAAUGUGCACAUUGAGGACGUCAGCCGGUUAAUCUUACGCCUGGUUGAGAAGGCGGUUGAAGUCAGGAGCGAGGAGCAAGUCUGGAAUUCGAACGGAUUGUACCUGGCUGGCGUCCGGGAAACCGAGACAGACAGUCUGCUACUGUAUGGAACGGCGAUUUACAGAAUAAAUGCUCGCAGCGAAGCACUCAGGGGCAAAGAGGUGCUGGGCUGGGUGCCCGCGGGAGAGAGCUUGGAGGACGAGAUCCCCAAAGCUGUAGCACGGGAGGCGUCUUUAAUCAGUGAAGCAGUCUAUGAGCAGCAAUAGAUAAGGUGAGAAGUCAACGAUGGAAAAUAGGAAACCUCUUCGAGCCAUUUGGUAAUUCAAACAACCUAGACACAAUCUAAUCCGAAUCUUUGCGCCUUUCCAGCAUUGCGAACCGUGACCCUCCCCCCUGAAACUACCAUGAAGAGGGUUAUACUGUUACAGCACUUCUACCCCUCAAUACCUCCAUAUUUCUUGGUCCAUGCCCCGCAGGUCACCCCCACAGCGUCAGGGGCUUCACGAGAGGGAAGUCUCCGUGAUAAUUCCGAUUAAAACCAUCACUCUUCCCCAAUCCAAGUAACUGAAGAUCGAAAGUCUGCAUUGGGAGACUGAAAGAGGUAAGAUUUCCAUGCCGU